GAAUCUCUAGGUGGAAUUUUUUCGUCUGGAGAUUCCACAGUGUGAACCUAUCCUAAGAGUCACGGAAAAAAAAGCCCAAAAUAAAAAGUCAAUUUAUGAUGUGUCUGUGGCGAUUCUGGGUGAAGCGGAUUCUAUGACUCCCCUGUGUGUUGAGGUGAAGACAAGGAAUGAGCCCUGGCGGCUGCUGGGAACGUGGAGGUAACAUCCAGAGGGGCCGACGUCAUCCCCUACAAUCCCAGGGACGUGCUGAGGAAAGGCGGCAGGGCACGUAGAAUAUUUUUUUUGACACCGCGGUGCUAAAGAAAACAGGUCAUUGUCCGAUAAGCAAACGCAAAGCGUCAAAAAGCUUCAACAGCACUGACGUGAUGCAAAGAAUUCAAAUCUGCAAAACAUUUUAUUCUGUCCAUCAAGGGUUAAUGUUGACUAUUUCUGGGGGAAAAGAAAAAAAAAUUUACACUACUGGGAAAACAGCCGUAUGGCUGGGCCAAGCCCCUCCCUCCCCCCUAUAAGCUAUUUGGGAAGACCUUAGGAAUGGAGCAUGCAGACUGGCACCUGGUGCGGAGGAGGAGAUGAGCCGGGGUGGGAGGGCGGACAGGGGAGGCUCAACGACAUAGGAUUAUUUAAGAUGCUGCACGAGGUCCCUUCAGCAGAAAAGAGAGCAAAGAAGCCACUUUCUACUCCUAAGAGUUCAGACGUCUCGAUCCGAUACCUGCGCCCGUCGCCAUGAAUGUCCCCUACUUCGCCUUCUUCGUGUUUCUAUCCCUGCCCGUCCUGCCUUCCCUGUCUCAAAAAGCGCCCAAGAAAAAGCUGCCCCCUGGCGCCAACGGCCUCCUGAAGAUGCCCGGCUGCUGCGAGGAGGUCAAAGACCUGAAGGUCCAGAUCGCCAACCUGAGCAGCCUGCUGGAGGAGCUGACCAAGAAGCAGGAGACGGACUGGGUGAACGUGGUCAUGCAGGUGAUGAAGCUGGAGAGCGGGCAGAAGCAGGUGGAGAACCGCAUCACCGAAGCCGAGGAGAAGUACUCCGAGAUGAACAACCGGGUGGAGAUCCUGCAGUCCCGGGAGCAGGCGGCACAGACGCAGACACAGACCACGGCAGACGCCAUUUAUGACUGCUCCACCCUCUACGAGAAGAACUAUAAGAUAUCCGGGGUCUACAAGAUGCCCGCCAAUAAUUUCUUGGGCAGUCCGGAGAUGGAGGUGUACUGUGACAUGGAGACCAAUGGAGGGGGAUGGACCCUGAUCCAGAGGCGGAAAGUGGGUCUCAUCUCAUUCAACAGAGACUGGAAGCAGUACCGCGAAGGCUUCGGGAACAUCCGCGGAGACUUCUGGUUGGGAAACGAAAAUAUCUUCCGACUGACCCGGAGGCCGACCGUCCUGAGAGUGGAGCUGGAGGAUUGGGAGGGAAAGGUGAGAUACGCCGAAUACGCCCAGUUCACCAUAGAUAAUGAGCAUAACAGUUACCGCCUCUUCCUGGGCAACUACAGCGGAAACGCCGGAAGAGACUCUCUGCGCUACCACAACAACACCGCCUUCAGCACCAAGGACAAGGACAACGACAAGUGCCUCGAUGACUGCGCCGGGCUGCGCAAAGGCGGCUACUGGUACAACUGCUGCACAGACUCAAACCUCAAUGGCAUUUUCUACCGCAACGGUGACCACAACAAGCACACAGACGGCAUCAGCUGGUACGGCUGGCACGGGUCCACCUAUUCCCUGAAAAGGGUGGAAAUGAAGAUACGUUCUCAGGACUUCCAGCCAUGAACACAAAAAAUGGCUGAGAAGCCACAGACGACACAACCAGCGGCGCCCCCUCGCCUGGCGCAAUUACUUCGUACCUUUUCUUGUAGAAUCCGUCUGCUCUGUGUAUAAAAGCAACUAGUUCCAUGUGAGAAGGCAGAGACACGCUGAAUAAUGGGAGCAGCGGCUGGGAAGCCUAAGACUGGCGGCUCAUUGGGCAGAUAAUGUAUUAAUGAUAAUGUAGCACCAGCCCCGGGGGUCGAUCCAUGACAUCACGACACCAUUACAUUGAGAAAGACCCCCAACAAUGACCACACACACACAGCUCAGAGGUGUAUUUAUAUAUUGGGAAGGGAACACCCCGGACAACCACUAGGGGGCCAAGACCAUCUUUAUCAAUCCCCAGUACAACAGGCGCUAAAAACCAAAUCAAGGAAAGACUUCUGUACAUAGCUCAUUCCCCGCGAUGUGAUUGUUUUACGUUACUAUAAUGUCUAUUUUUUAUUUGCUUUAUAAAACUGGAAUAAUAAUAAUAAUAAAAAAAAAAAAUUGUUUGG